CAUGCCAUUGUAAAUUCCUCCAUUACGGAAGAUCAUGAUAAAAUCGCUUUCAUUCGGUCACGGUUACUUCCAGGCUCUCGGGCACUGAAUUUGAUGCAGUCCUCAGCGUUCGCUUCGGGGGACAUUGGUGUAAACUAUGAGGUUUUUAAAGGGAAUUUCAUAAAAAUCUUCGGGGGCGGGAGUAAACCAAGCAUCGUUAGACAGAUGGCACACACGGUUGAGUCCCUCCAAAAAAAUUCCUCAACAAAGCCGAUUUGGGACGCCAUGAUUGAGGCAAAUCAGCUGGCGGUUGACUGUGUCAAGAGCCUAGAAGACGCGCUCUGGCUUCCAGGGGGCUGUAUGCAAAAGCACCAGGUGAAGACAGCUUUCGAGUUGUUUUUUUACUUAUUUAAUAUUUCAGAGAAGAACCGCCGUUCUGCCCUUCCUUUGGCCUUCAAACCGAGCGGGAAGUUGGUUGACCUCGUCUCAGAGUUAGAAGUCAAGGUUCAGGAACACCCUCACCAUCAACCCCUCGCAACGGCCGCAGCACUGCAAGCACAAGAUAAUGUCUGAGGGCGGCAGCCGGGGCGACGUGGCAAUGAGGGCGAACGAGAACGUCCACAGGCCGGGGAUCACGCCGGAGGAGAUGGCGGCCGGCUACGACGAGUGGUCCGAGAACUACGAGGAGAUGAUGAUCUGGAAAGGCGGGUACCGUGGCCCCGCCAUCACGCUGGAGGAGGCGCUGCGUUGGGUACCCCCGGAGCGGCGAGCCAAGGCCAGGGUGCUGGACGUGGCCGCCGGGACGGGCUGCGUGGGCAGCGAACUCCACCGGGAAGGCUUCAGGCACAUAGACGCUGUGGACCCGUCGGAGGGCAUGAUGAAGCAGCGGGAGACUGGCAUCUAUACCAAUGACUUCCUGGAGUUUAUCGGCAGCGGACACUCCACCGUACCCAAAGGUUAUAGUAAUUUGUUUUUUACAUCAAAGGACACGGCUCAAGAGCAACAAGAGUACAAAAAAAAAGCCCGCUACUCGCCGCUCCCAUAAAAGAUAAAAGUAAAGAGUAGCCAAAAGGGAGGUCAAUUUCGAGAGGAGAGGUGUC